UUGGUGGCACCGAUCCAGAAAAGGCGGACCUCAUCUCGCAAAUUUCCAAAUUGCGCCGUAAAGUCGUGGCGGCGGAACGGAAGUUGCAGGAGAAAUUGGAAGAUAUCAUGACGCUUAAGACGAAUCUGUCUCAGGCACUUCAGCGCUCAGACCAAGUCGAUGCCUGCGUAACUAGGUUGGGAGAACUGAAUGACAUAUUAACGCGAAAGACGAACCAGAUCAAAACUCUGGCGGCCGAAGCUAGUCUAAACGAAUGGAAAGCCAUGGAUUACCAGAAAGAAGUGGAGGAUUUGCGACAGCAAGUGAGGUCCUUGAAGCUAUGGAAGAAACGUGCAAUGUCUGGUGCUAGGACCCCGGGAAGUCCCAGUUUGAAAAUUGUGUCCAGUCGCAUGAGUUCAUCGAGCAGCUCGCGGAAAAGAAAAGUUGCCUUCUCUCCGUCGAGUACGAACAAGUCAAGUACUGAAACACCUCCUCAGGACAUUAAAGAAGGCGAAUUACCUGAUCCUCAGGUCUAGUUUUCGCAGUACAGUAUUGAGAAAAUUAGAUCAAAUGACGCGGGAAGUCUUGAUGCUUUUGUGAUUCACAGGUCUAGUCAUCGCAAUAUUUCUAAAAUUUAGAUUCAAAUGACGGAAAAGUCUUGAUGCUUGCGAGGUCCAAGGUGCAGCAUUAGUUAUCGAAAAUGUACUCCAUGGAAGCUCAGGUGUUGUUAUGAGAACGUUGAUCUCGUGAACCGCGGAAAAACCAACUAUUGUGCUUUUGCUGCAUAUUCAUGUGAUUCUUUGUCUUUCUGAAUGGCAGUAAACAGAUAAUGCCGCAACUUUCAACUGGAAGCUUUCUUUCAAUUUUUUAAAAUUGUUUUUCUUUCGUUGAUGAAUUUCUGUUGUGAUUCAAAACUAAUUACCGUAAAAAUAUCUGCGUUCAGUCCUGGCGCGGACAUUCCGAGAAACGAAGAACUGCAAAUCAAAUCUGAUGUCAAAAAAGUUAGUGUGCGUGGAAAAAAUACAUUUUUCUAAGACAUGAAGAGUUUGAAUACGGUGAAAACAGUUCAGUUUACUGGAAAUAUCCAAGGUAUUACCUCAUGUUCGUCGAGGAAAAUACAAUAUGCUGUAUUCGUCAAAAAACACUUCUAAAAAAAAACUUUUUUUGAACAGUUGCCUAUUGAAUUUUUGUCUCUUCAAACUCGGUUUACCGUAUUUUCUCUGAACCCACUUUUCGUGCUUCUACAUUGAUUUCCUACAGUGGGGGGAAAGCAUGAUUGUUCUUUGCUAAUAUUUCCGAUUUUUGCAGGUUUGAUUGCUAGAGUAAACCGGUGUAGAUUUCAGGUUUUGCCUCUCGCAACUGCCUUUUUCAUGUCAUAAUGGAUGCGAAGAAACGAGCGCGGAAGCAAACCAGAGUAUUGGCAGCAAUCCGCAGAGAUUUGGGGAUUUCGGGAUCUGACAAACCGACAGAGUUUGUUUGCAUCUGCAAUGCCGGUCUGAUGAAUGGCUUGUCGGAGGAAGAAUUUCUUCAGCUUUUCCUCCGCUUCGGAAGUGUAGAAAACGUCAUCAUGCCAACAAACAAGUCCUACGCCUUCGCCGUGAUGAAAUCCGUGGAAUCUGCGGUAAAGGCGGUGCAAAGCAUCAAUAAUUGCGAGACUAUGGAUAGAAGAACUCUUUAUGCUGCAUUCGUCGAUUCGGUUCCUGAUCUCCGUGACCAAUGUGUUUUUGAUCCUCCCCCUGGUUUGGACAUCAUAGAGGAUUUCUUAGUGGAUGAGGAAGAAGAGGAAUUACUGGCGUGGGUUGAUCAAGUUUCAGAUUCAAAGAACGAUCUUGAUGAUUCGACGUCAUUCUGCAUUAUCACAGUCGGAUCUUCGCUGAAACAUAGGCGGGUGCUUCACUUCGGCUAUGAAUUCAAUUAUGCAACCAAUGCCGUCGAUCCAGAGAAGCCACUGCCAGACAAAGCAAUUCCAAAAAUAUGUCUGAAAUUCGUGAAAAAGUUUCCCGGAAUUGAUGAAGCCAACUUGCCGGACCAACUGACAGUCAAUGUUUACGAGCCUGGGCAAGGAAUUCCAAAUCACGUUGACACACACAGCCCCUUCAGUGGACCGAUAUUUUCGUUGAGUUUGGGUUCUCCCGUUGUGAUGCAAUUUCGACAUCAGAAUCGACCUGCAGUUCAGGAUCGAUCAGUUGUUCUGAACAGAAAGUCGUUGACAAUUUUUCGUGGAGAAAGCCGGUAUCUGUGGUCACAUGGCAUUGUGCCGAGGAAGCUGGAUUUGGUGAAAUCCCGAAGUAACGUUGGUGGGGUGACAGUUCUUGAAAGAGGGCGAAGGAUGUCUUUGACGUUCAGAAAAGUUAAUCCGAGCGGCAUUUGCAAUUGUGAUUAUCCUGCGCAGUGUGACUACCAGAAUUCAAGGGUUGGCAAUGUUGAAGAGUCCCUUGAAAUAAACGAAGAUGCUGAUGCGUUAGAGCGUGUUGCUGAAGAGUUGGAAAGGAACCAUGUUCUGAAGGUUUACAACAGCAUCGCGGAUCAUUUCCAUAAAACGCGUUCAAAAGCCUGGCCUGGGAUUGUCAAGUUCCUGGACUCACUUCCACCUCAUUCACUCAUUGUUGACGUUGGCUGUGGGAAUGGAAAAUAUGUUUCCAUACGUCCUGAUCUCACGAUGAUUGGUUUCGAUGUUACGCUGGGACUUCUACGAAAUGCCCAAGAAAAAGGAGAAGUGUUUCAGUCUGACUGUCUAGCUAUUGGGGCCCGGUCCGACUCGUUCGAUGCCGCAAUUUGCAUAGCAGUUGUGCAUCAUUUCGCUACGGAAAGCCGGCGUAGACUUGCAUUGAAGGAGAUCUUACGGAUACUCAAGCCGGGUGCCAAAGGAUUGGUGUACGUUUGGGCCAAGGAACAGGAGCUGAAAAACCUCAAAUCCUACUAUCUGAAAACGCGGAAGAAAAAUAAACCCAUUUCUGAAUCGGUACCUGUCGUAGAAGAAAUAUUCGCGCGUUGCGAAGUCAGUUCAGGGACAGUGAAACUGCCUGUGCAUAAAAAUCGAUCCAAUUUCAAACAUUCUGAUCUAUUGGUUCCAUGGACGUUGAAAAAGAUGGAAGAUGGUGGCUUUGAUAAGCCUGAAGAAUUGAAUGAAAGUUCUAAAAUACACCAUCGAUUUUAUCACGUUUUUUCCAGGGGAGAAUUGUUCAGAUUAGCCGAAACGGUGGAAGGACUCGUGAUUGAUGAUGUGUAUUAUGAGGAGGGCAACUGGUGUCUUGUGUUUUCGAAAAAAUAAAAUCUACUGUAUUUGAAAUGGAAA